AUGGCGUCUUCGUCAACCCCAAAAACGCCGCUGUACUACGCAUGUAUAGCUCACAACACCACCAUCCUCUCAGAAUGCACGACCAGCGCCUCGAGCCAGACCUCGUCUCUCUCCUCCCUGGUCCUGCCAAAGAUCAGCCAUGAGACGUCCCAGAAGAUGACCUUCACUCAUGGGUCUUACCAUAUUCACUACAUGUCCGAGGCGCCGUCAGCCCACGCAGGCAACCCGUCGGCAGGUGGUCUGACCUUUCUCGUCAUUGCCGACUCCUCGCUAGGCCGGCGCAUCUCUUUUGGCUUCCUAUUUGAGAUCCGCAAGCGCUUCCUCGACGAGUUCGCCGACAGUGACUUUGCCAACCUGCCAAACUAUGGCGCCGGCUCGUUUAACGGCGAGCUGCGCAAGCUCAUGGUCGACUAUGGCACCACGUCGGGCGGGCAGCAGGACGCCAUUAGCAACGUGCAGCGUGAGAUGGACGACGUCCGCGGCAUCAUGACCAAGAACAUCGAGGGCUUGUUGGAACGGGGCGAGCGCAUCGACCUCCUCGUUGACAAGACGGAUCGCCUAGGCGGGAGUGCCCGCGAGUUCCGUGUCCGGAGCCGGGGGCUGAAGAGGCAAAUGUGGUGGAAGAAUGUCAAGCUCAUGGCCAUGCUGGUAUUUGUCGUGGUGCUCAUCAUUUUGGCCAUUGUGAUUGCCGUCAAGAAUGCCCUUGGUUAA